CCGUGAUUGGUCGGCCAAAGGGCAAAGUGAAACGUCCAGCCAAUCCGAGUGCGCACUUUCGGCCAGCGACCACACAUGGAGGGCGACGCGUUGGCGACAAACGACCUCCUCGAUGCGGCGAUCGUCAACAGCAUCCUCGCGCCCGCGCCGUCGAGUGAGCCAAUGCACUACCAGCAGCGCCAAAAGCUCGAGCUCGCGUACCUCCGGCAACAAGCCGCCGACUUGAAGCUCCAGCUCGACGCGCUUACCAACACCAAGGCACUGCAAGUGGAGAGUAGCGGCAACCAUUGGGAAAAAGUCGCGCGCAACCAAAAACUGGCAUCGGAAAUGGCGACACUUGAGAACGCCCGCCUCAAACGGGUCAUGGAAGACCAGAUCACGCUGGCAUCAGCCCUCGAAAAAGUGCUGGCCAAGCGCCCGCGGCUCGCGGCAACGCCGACGAUGGACAUGGCUGACUGGAAGCUGCGCCGCCUCCCGACAGAUCCCACGCGCCGCGCCACGGCCUUUCACGCGAUCGUGGACGAUGCGUACCAAGCCCUCGAAACAAUGUAUGUGCGAAGUGGUAUCUGGGACGACCCACCGGGGCACCGGUCACUGGGGAUCUCGGAAGACAAUGACAUGAUUCUCGUCUCCAUCAAAAGCGUGGUCAACGUCAUUGGACCGUAUUUGGAGGUUGGCGACCGCUUCUGGUCCGUCUGGAAUGCGUCUGGCGCACCCACGUCACACCACUUGCGCCUCGAGAUUGUGGACCGGUUUGGUGAGAACGGCGUCUAUGUUCGCAUGAGCGUUAGCCUCGAUGCGACGAUGCCGUGCAUGUAUCUCAUGUACGCGAUCAAGCGCUACGUGCUUGGCGACCGCGUCAUUAUCGUCCAGAAAACCAUCCUCGACGACGAGUCGCAUCCUGUGCCCCCCGGCGUUCUCGUCGGCAACUACUCGGCGUGUAUGGUUGCCCAAGCGAUCGGACCCGAUUUAACGUCGCGUCGCGUCGUCGUCCAGGGUAAAUUGCCUGCCCAACCCCCGAUGGAGAACCCUUUGCGCCACCAAAACCUCCACGUGAGCGACGCCGUCCUCAAGAUGGUCCGCCUUGUCUUUGACACGCUCGAGCAACUCUUUAGCUAAGCGUAUAACCCCUGCGUGCGUCUCUGUUGUGUUGACA